ACCAAAGGAGGAAACUGCAAGGAUGGCACAUAAUAGACUUCUUAUGGAAAGUUCUCCGGAAAUUUUUGAAAAAUACCAUAUAGAUGAAGAGGUGGGCUUCGCUCUGCCAAAUCCACUGGAGGAGCUACCUCCGCCUUAUGAUGAAUGGAUUUGCAUCGCUAAAAAUCUGCCUGAACUGAUUGAGAAAAAUGAACUACGUAAAAAAGUUGACCAGUUAAAAAAUCACAGUAUUGAUGCCCUCAGAGAUCACAAGUCGCAGCGCCUUGCCCAUCUGGCCCUGGGGUAUAUCACCAUGGCAUACGUGUGGAAUCAAGGUGAUGGAGAUGUUCGAAAGGUCUUGCCAGAGAAUAUUGCUGUUCCUUACUGUAAACUCUCUGAGAAGCUGGGUCUGCCUCCUAUUCUGGUUUAUGCAGACUGUGUCUUGGCAAACUGGAAGAAAAAGGAUCCCAAUGGGCCUAUGACUUACGAGAACAUGGACAUUCUGUUCUGGUUUCCUGGUGGAGACUGCAGUAAAGGAUUUUUCCUGGUUUCACUGUUGGUGGAGAUAGCAGCUGCUUCUGCAAUCAAAGUAAUUCCUGAUUUAUUCAAGGCAGUUAAAAAUGAGGACCAGGAUACUUUGCAAAAAGCACUGUGUUAUAUAGCUUCUUGUCUGCGCCAAGCCCGUAAAGAGUUUGAACAAAUUAAUGAAUAUGUGGACCCCAGCACAUUUUACAAUGUUCUUCGCAUAUACUUGUCCGGAUGGAAAGGCAACUCCCAACUGCCAGAGGGUCUGAAGUAUGAAGGUUUCUGGGACACUCCAAAGGAGUUUGCGGGGGGCAGUGCAGCCCAAAGUAGCAUCUUUCAGUGCUUCGAUGUUCUGCUGGGCAUCCAGCAGAGUUCUGGUGAAGAAUUUGCUGCCAGAUUCCUCCAGGAAAUGAGAAAAUAUAUGCCACCGGCUCACCAGGAAUUUCUUCUCUUAUUAGAGUCAGGGCCCUCAGUCCGUAAAUUUGUUCUUUCAAAAGGUGAUGAUAAGCUGCAGGCAGAUUAUAAUGAGUGUGUGAAAGCUAUGGUCUCCCUGAGAAACUAUCAUCUGCAGAUAGUAACUAAGUACAUUGUGAUUCCUUCAAACCAGCAAGAAAGUAAAGGAACUGGAGGCACUAGUGUCAUGACUUUCCUGAAGAGUGUAAGAGGUACAACUGAGAACUUCCUGCUGAGAGAUAAUUAA